AUGUACUUUUUAGACACUGCUUACUUAUUGAUGUUUCUUUACUCGACAUUAACAUCUCUAUGGAUCACUGUUCUUGGAAACUUAUUGGUGAUUAUUUCAAUCUCCCAUUUCAAGCAACUCCAUACUCCUACAUAUUAUCUUGUUCUUUCUUUAGCUGUGGCUGACCUUCUACUGGGAUUAGUUGUUUUACCAAACUGCAUGGGAUACUCUGUUGAAACAUGCUGGUAUGUUGGGAAUAUUCUCUGUGACGUUCAUAUAAGAUUAUCUGUGACACUGGCAUUAGUGUCAAUCAAUCUUUUGGGCUUUAUUGCAGUUAGUCAUUACUAUGCUGUGUGUGAUCCCUUGCUCUACACUACAAAAAUCACACUACCUGCGAUCAUCACAAUUAUUAUAUUUAUUUGGGUGUUCUCUAUUAUUUAUGGGUUUGGAUUAGUUUGUUCAAAAAUAAUUAGGAAGGGAAUAGAAGAUUAUAUUAGGACAGUUUCAUGUCAUGGUAGCUGUAUACUUGCAUUUAAUAAGCUGUGGGGACAUUUGAACCCAUUGAUUGGAUUUCUUGGCCCCAGUUUGACGAUUUUUGAUAUUUACAUUAGAAUCUUUAUUAUAGCAAGAAGGCAUGCUCGAGUCAUUAGAAACAUGACAAGGAAAGCCCAAUCUGAAGAGGAAUACAGUAAUCUAGAUUUUGCAGGCAAGGAACACAAUGCUGCCAUGAAACUGAGCAUAGUAAUAGUAGUCUAUAUAAUCUGCUGGCUACCCUAUUGCAUGAUCAUUGUUGUUGAUCCAUAUAUUAAUUACAGCACAUCUAGAGUUUUAUUCUCUGCUACUUUGUGGUUUGGUUUUAUUAAUUCUGCUUUUAACCCCAUUCUUUAUGCUUUCUUUUAUCCCUGGUUUUGCAAAGCUGUAAAACGUAUCCUUUCCUGCAAAAUACUUAACCUUGACUCUUCGACAAUAAACUUAUUCCCAGACAAUUAG